UGGUACUCUCAUUGACAAAAAAUCUUAAAAUUAUAAAAUUUUUAAAUUUUAUUGUAAUGAAAGUGCUGAAAAUGUUUGUAAAUUUACUAACAGCUUCGUUACUUAUAAUCGGAUUUACCAAUUUAAGUAACGGUAAACCGGUUGAUGAUGAAGACACUGUGGUGAUAGAGCCUGCCUUUGACAAUGUCAUUGAUGGUGAAGAUGGCGCAAUUGACAUUUCGCACUUGGGACCUCAUGCAUAUGGGCUUCCAUCGAACGAGAGUGGAGAUGCCUUAUCAACUUGGUCGGAGUCCUCGCUUAUGAAUCCUGAGGAGAUGGGAGAAUACGCAGAGGGUGAUAUCCUGAUGCCAACACCAACCACGAGGAAUGGGGUAAAGGGAGAAACCUCACGCUGGCCUGAUGGGAUCAUUCCCUAUGUAAUUGAGGGAUAUUAUAAUCAACAGCAGAGAGAGUUAAUAAUGCGAGCCAUUGCGGACUACCACCGUUUAACAUGCCUCCGCUUUGUGCCCUAUAAAGGGCAGAAGGACUACAUUACCAUUCAGAGCGGAAACACGGGAUGUUGGUCCAGUGUCGGACGCACGGGUGGUCGCCAAGAAGUGAACCUGCAAACCCCAGGCUGCGUGACGAAGAAAGGCACGGUUAUUCACGAGCUCCUCCACGCGAUUGGCUUCAUGCACGAGCAGAGCCGACCUGAGCGAGAUGACUAUGUCGAUAUUCAUUAUAACAACAUACGCUCUGGAUCAGAGAACAACUUCCAAAAAGCAGAUCCCAAGACGGCAGACGGGUUUGGAGUUGCCUACGACUACAAUAGUGUUAUGCACUACUCGGAAUAUGCUUUCUCUAGAAACAAUCAAAAGACUAUCGUACCCAAGGUGGGUGGAGUAACUCUGGGUCAGAGGGAAGGCUUGAGCCGAGGAGACGUCCGAAAAGUAAACAACAUGUACAAUUGCAAGAAAGAGGAACCACAAUUUGGAUGGGUUGGGGCAAUUUGGAACAACCUUUUUGGUGAUGGGCAAAAUUCUAAAUUGUAGUUAAUUAUGUCUAGAGUUACACAGUGUCGAUUAUGUGAUAUGUUAAACUAAGCCAAAAUAAAUUUUAUACAAAAAUAAAAACAAUUAUUACAAUAGAUAGCCUCAGUGGCCCAACGCUUUGUAAUGUGGACUGGAUGAGGAAGCCCCGGGUUCGAUUCCUGGUAUAAUUAAUUUGGGGAAUAAUCUUUCCUAAUUGUUUCUGGUUUGAGUAUUCUGGUAGUUGGUCUCGGAAUGGACUCCAUUGUUGUAGAAGUCAUAAUACUGGGUUCGCUAAUUUGAGAUCGGGAAAUUGAGUGGAACCAAUUUGUAAAGUAAUUGUUAACAUAAAGGUAGAACACAAUGAAACAUUCUUUCAAUCCGGCGGAACAUGAACCAGCGACCUCGCCAUACCGUGGCUAAAAACGCUAGAUUGUAAAAUUCCUGCAGUCACUCUCCGAAUCGUAUAGUUUUUCGGUACGAAUAGAAUUGCACUAUACUACUACUAUGUGAAGGUACGCGGUGAGGAUGGGUCUUCUAUGCUUUCUGGUGCCGCCACCGUUGCUAAAGGGCUUCCUCAGGGGUCCAUUCUCGGACCUGUUUUAUUCAUCCUUAGAUACCAUGUGUGGUUGUUUAAUAUGUUUAUUAAUACAAAGACGAACCCUUAGAAAAAUAUCCUUUGUUCUGGUUGGAUUCGAACCAACGUCUUCCAGUAAAUCGUGUCAGGCGCUAUGCCAACUAGGCCAUGGAACAUACUAGCGGACCUUACAAAUUUUUCUAUGUGCUUGUAGCAAAUCUUGGUUUUUGUUUUUAACGAUUUUUUUGCCGUAGUGCCAUCUGUGAGAAAUCUAUUUCUUCACUCAGCUAGGUACCUUUACGUUUGAUGUUAUGUUGUUGUACAUUAUUAUUAUUUUACAAUUAGGGAUCCGAGUACCAAAAAAAGGCUUAGUCGAUAUACCACCAAUGGAAGAAAACAGAACGUUUAGGCGAAAACACACAUUAUCCGCGAACAGAUGUUCUAUAAUUGUAUAGGACAGGGUAUUGUCUUUGUUUUUCAGUAUGUCUUUUGUUGAGCGCGGGAUAUCUUCAGGUUUGCUAUAUAUUUCCAGCAGUUGAUCAAUGAGGCUAGGGCGACUAUACCAUCAUAGUUGAACGACAAUAACGUAUUAUUUUUUUUAAUUUUUGCCGCCUGUUGUGUAUUAGGCUGUUCUGUGUUGUCAUUUAAUUUUUUUGUAUGAGCAGUAAAACAGUUUUCAUUUAUUCAUUCAUGAUUUGUAAGGAACUAGUUAAUAAGUUUCGCGGCAUAAAAGUUAACAACGAAGAUCGAAAUGUUACAUUGAAGACAAUGGAAACAAUAAAAUGUGCUUAUAAAUUGUGU